AUGAAUGUCUUGUUGCCAAAUCAACAUAAUCAUGAAAGACUUUGGAGUUUCCAGAAUGAAGGACAAGCAAUCACCAUUGUAGCCAUAUUGGUUAUGUUGACCAAGAACAUUGCUAUGGAAGCCUUAUCUCAAUAUGGUAUUUUUCCUGUUGCUAAAGAAUUGGAGCAACUCAGUUUAGACAAUUUAUCAAUAAAUAAAUCAACAAAUUUUUGGUGGCCAGAAUAUUUAACUUUACUUUUCAAUCAUUCUGACUCAUACCAAGAAUUUGAUUUCCCAUCAAAAAUUCAGGCAGAAAUAAAAAAACUUUACCAAAACACUUCAUGUCUAGAACUAUUGACACGCAAUAUAGAAAAUGACUUUCUUCUGGUGGAAGAUUAUAAAGAUCGUGUACAAGUAUUGGAAAUGUAUAAUCUGAAGACUAAUGAAUUGGAAAUGGUUUUUCAUCAGAAAGAAGAAUACAAUUCUUUCGAUUUAAAUAACAAUUAUUUUAGUUAUGGAAAUCCUUCGAUUGCGAUCUCAAAAUAUAAAUCAUUGUUGGCUUAUUGUCGAGGGAUCAAUAGUAUAACAAUAUACCUGAUGGAAAAUAGUUUAGACAUUGUCACAAAAAAUUUUUUGAAUAUAGAAAGAAUUCUAACAAUUGAUUUUAUUAACGAGGAUGAAUCUUUAUUAAUCAUUGCAAUAGAAAAAGAUAAUCUAGAUCCUAUUAUUAUCAUAUGGGAUUUAUUUAAUUAUAUGAAUGAUUCAAUACGUAUCAUUAAAGAUUUUAAUAAAAUAUUCUCUAUUAAUGGAUUGAAGGAGAGAGGAUUUAAAAGAAUGUAA